GGAGAAUGGCAUAAAGGAGAGUAGACACUCUCGCAUCAGCCAUGUUGGAGAAAAGGAGCAUCUUCCUGCAUAUAGACGGAUGAUCUAAACCAGACAUUGUAAGAAAAAGCAAGAAGGAAUGAGGAGGAGAAUGUGGAAGCAGCUGGCAUGGCUUCUGGGAUACUUGCCUGCAACUGUGCAAAGCGGCCUUGUUCCUGAUAAAGGCCUGUGCUGUAACAUGCCACAGGGUGACACCAUGGUGAAUUAAUUCACUAAGACUCCAUCUGGUCUUCUGUGCCUCCUAAGCAGCAAACCAAGCUUCUUCAUGGGCACUACAGGCUGGCAUCUCCCAUCCACAGCAUGGCUGAGAAGCAAUCCCUAAAGUUGGCAUCUGAGUGCCCAGUCUGCUGGAACCCUUACAAUAACACCUUCCGUACUCCCAAGCUACUCCAGUGCCACCACUCCUUCUGCAUCGAGUGCCUGGCCCACCUGAGCCUGGUAUCCUCACCCCAAAACCGACUGCAGUGCCCCCUCUGUCGCCACCCCACCAUGCUCCUAUCUAACCAAGCUGUCACCGAGUUGCCCACCAACGAGGCUGUCUUACAUCUUCUGCAUCUGGAGCCCAAUCUCAUCAUCCUGGAAGGGAGGCAGCUGUACCUGAAGGAGCAGCACAAAAGCAGAUACUUCCUACGCCAACCCAGGGUUUAUACCCUUGACUUGGGCACAGAACCCAGCAUGGACAUCUACCCUGAGCCAGUGCAAACAGGGACCAUCAGCCUACCUGACCGUAUUCAUUUGCGGGAAUGUGCUCGUAACCCCCAACUUCGCCUUUUCGCUUACUUGAUGGCCAUCAUCUUGAGCAUGACUUUGCUACUCAUCUUCUCCAUCUUCUGGACCAAGCGGUUCUUUGGAGGCUUGGGAUGAGGCUACAGUAUGGGGGUUUUGUUCUGGUUUUAACCAAGGAUUUAUGAAAAGGAACUCCAUAGUGGGUCUGAUGGAAAAGGGGAGACUAUGUGUGCCUCAGGUGUAGUAAUCUGCUUUCUGAACAUGCUUAACUGAAGCCAAAAGCACUUGACAUCUGCUGUGCCAAAGGCCUUUGCUACAAGCAGGUGGCAAGCCAUCAAUAGCCAAGAACGUCUAUCAUACUGCUAAAGCUUGUACAAACUAUAUUUCCUCUCCAUUGACCUAAGUUCCAAACCUUGCUCUACCUCAAGACAUUUCCAGUGUGGGCACACUAUAGUCCUAGCAGCCAAAUUACGCAGAAAUCAGACCCAUCUUUGCAUUCAAGGUGCAGUUUUUUGAAAGAUGUGAAAAUUGCUUCAGAUGGCAUCUAUGUGAUAAUUGUUAGGAUCCUGAUAGAAAGGAAGAAGGUAUUUCAGACUUUGCUUCCCAUACUGAAAUCCUGAGCCUUAUGUUGUUGUUAUGCGUCUGCAAGUAGUCCCUUACUUAAGGUGACCUAUCAUGGGCUUUUCUAAGAUUUGUUUAGAGGGCAUUUAUCACUGCCAUCCUCUGAGGCUGAGAGUGUGUAAACUGCCCAAGAUCACCCAGUGAGUUUCUAUAGGCCUCUCUUAAACGUAGGAUAUGCUUGGCAUUGAAGCCAAAAGGGGAUUUGAAAAAAAUAUCAUUUUCCUCUCAGUUCAAACAUAACACCAUCAGAUUUGCUGUCAUACGGUUGGUUGCCUUUGGAUAACUAUGCAAGUUGAAUGGGAGGACUCUUGUUUCCCAGCAGCCUAAGAGGAGAGGCAUUAGAAAUGCAAAGAACACAUUCUUUGUGA